AUGUUUCCAAUAUUCUCACAAGGUGCUCGGUUUGGACAGUUGAUGCUCCAAGUUGGAAUGAAAUUUAACACUAAACAAGAAUUUAUGGAAGCUGUGAGGGACUUUACCAUUCAAGAGGGGAGACAAAUCAAAUUUAGAAGAAAUGAAAGCUACAGGGUGAGGGCAGUUUUCAAGUGGAAGAAUGAAGAAGUUAAAUGUCCAUGGGUUGCGUAUGCAUCUAAGGACCAUGAGGAGACAUGCUGGAAGUUAAAGACGUUCAAUAAUGAGCAUGUAUGUCCUAGGAUGAACAAAAACAGGGCAGCAAAUAGGAAGUGGCUUGCUCAGAACUUAGUCAGGAAGUUAAGGAAAUACCCUAACUUGAAGAGGAUAUGUGGCCUGGAUUUGAACAAGUCCUACUUGACUAGAGCUUUAACAGAUGCAAGAAAUGCAGUGUAUGGUGAUGCAGCCACACAGUAUGGUAGACUUAGAGACUAUGGUGAGACAUUGCUUAAGAGCAAUCCAGGGUCAACAGUUAAAAUUGGAGUGAUUCCACAGGUUGAAGGUGACCCAAUAUUUCAAAGAAUGUAUAUUUGUCUGGAUGGUUACAAAAAGGGAUUCAAGGCUGGAUGUCGACCAUUGAUUGGUUUAGAUGGAGCUUUCUUAAAGACGCAUUUCAGGGGACAAAUACUUUUAGCUGUGGGACAGGAUGCCAACAAUCAUAUAUAUCCGAUUGCUUGA